CAGCUGUCACCGAGGCGGGCAACUGCAUUGUGUUCAGCUGGAAGUUACAAAUGAAGGCUUUUACCCCCAGAAGCAGCCCGGCGAAGUGACCUCACGUGAUGACUGAGUGAAGCAGAUGUUCCUGUGCUGAAUUUACUCCGUGAGAAAGAGGGAGGGUGGGGAGACGUGCCGCCUGAGCCAAUCAGCGGGGCUUUUUGUAUGGACUCGCCUCCUUUUACAGCGGCGGGCGGGCUUGCUAUAUUAGAGAGAUGCCACCCACAGCUGCACCUGACAAUUUACAGCGCCAGCACCUCUGAGAGAGGGAGGGAGAGAAGACAAGGCGCUCUGAUCUGAGCAUCGCCGACGCCAAAGCUCUCUGGAAUUUACAGCUUUCACAUCCCUGUCCCUUAUUUUUAAUUUAGGAGCUGCACACCACCUCCUGCUGGCUCAGCACUUCCUUUUUUUUCCCCUUUUGAUUUGCCAGUUCACUCCUAUAUCUUGGAAAGUUGCGCUAAUUUAUUAAAGUCAGCCAGUUUCUUGAAGACCAUCGGUUUUCUAAGCUGGAUUUAUUUUCAACUUUAAAGACACAGACAAAAAAAGAGAAACAAAACAACAACCCCGAAAGCAAAUGGAGUAACUCUGUCGGGGGGCAGUUGUGAGAGUUCAUUCCCAUCGAGAUGCGGAUGGUCAUGGUCAAAUUGAGUUUUGAGCCAACCACCCAGUGCUUCCCAUGAAGAGGUUUGGCAGCCUGAGAAGGAGCAAGAAACGAAGAGAGCAGGAUGGGCUAGAGGGACGGCAUCAGUCCGAGGCGUCGUGUUUGGCCGCUUCUGGACUCUCCACGCCUCCCUCCACUCCAACCCAGGCAUCCAGCCAACCUGUGUUCAGCCAGGAGGCCCAGCAGCAGAGCGGCCCCAGCCCAGAACGCCCGGAGCCCGAUUCUCGAGCCCGCUCCCUGUCCACGCCCCCGGACACAGGGCAGCGCCUCAGCCUUCCUUGCGCUAAACCUCCGAUCCCAUCAACCAGUCCUGUGCCACCCGUCUCUACCUCACAACAUGUCUACGGCUUAUUCGAAGGUAUGCUGGAGAAACUUGAACUAGAUGAUGAUGCUGCUGAGCCUGAGAGUGAUAUUUACAUGCGCUUCAUGAAAUCCCACAAGUGCUACGACAUCGUCCCUACAAGCUCCAAGUUGGUGGUGUUUGACACGGCGCUCCAAGUUAAGAAGGCGUUCUUCGCUUUGGUGGCCAAUGGCGUGCGAGCUGCUCCUUUAUGGGACACAGAGAAGCAAAGCUUUGUGGGAAUGCUGACAAUCACAGAUUUCAUCAUCAUACUGCAUAGAUACUACAAGUCACCCCUGGUGCAAAUUUAUGAAUUGGAGGAACACAAGCUUGAGACGUGGAGAGAGGUUUACCUUCAAGCGACGUUUAAACCUCUCGUGAACAUAUCCCCAGACGCCAGUCUGUUUGACGCUGUGUACAUCCUCAUCAAAAACAAAAUUCACCGCCUGCCUGUCAUCGACCCUGUUACCGGGAAUGCACUUUAUAUUCUCACACACAAGAGGAUCCUGAAGUUCCUCCAGCUGUUUGUGCGUGAAAUGCCAAAGCCAGCUUUCAUGAAGCAGACCCUGGGUGAGCUCGGCAUCGGGACUUACCACGAGAUCGCGUUCAUCCACCCGGACACGCCCAUCAUUAAAGCGCUCAACAUCUUCGUGGAGAGACGAGUGUCUGCUCUGCCUGUGGUGGAUGACUCCGGCAAAGUUGUGGACAUUUAUUCCAAGUUUGACGUGAUUAACCUGGCGGCAGAGAAGACCUACAAUAACCUGGACAUCACGGUGACGCAGGCCCUGAAACAUCGCUCGCAGUACUUCGAAGGGGUUGUGAAGUGCCACAAAAUGGAAACGCUGGAGACAAUCGUGGACAGAAUAGUCAAAGCAGAAGUCCAUCGGCUGGUGGUGGUGGAUGAGCGCUCCAGUAUCGAGGGCAUUAUCUCCCUUUCAGACAUCCUCCAGGCGCUGGUGCUCAGCCCAGCAGAUGCCUGUAAGGAGGAGAACCUGACUGAAUGAGCUUGUGGUGCAUCAGCUUUUGUGGUGGAAGUGAAUAAACUUACAGUUGAAGGUGGAUCGUGUGAAGCCGGCGUGGAAGUCCUGGAGACCGCCACCAUCAGUGGGCUGUAGCGGCCCGGAAAGGCCUGGUACAGCUGAUUGAAGUGGAGUUGUUUUUGCACUGAGGGAUGAUUUAUUUCUUUUUUCUUUAUUUUUUAUUUUUUUACUUCUUCCAGUCUGUUUAAACACUGACCAGAUGCGCACACCUUACAGAUAUAUUCAAAAGUAUAUGCAAAAUGCAGAGGAAUUGCAGUAUGGCAACCUUAUGGGGGCAAAGAGGGAGAUGGAGGAUGUUUUCUGAUAGAUUUGGGCUUUCGAGCAGUUCCAAUCAUGCAGCUGUCAUCAGAUGAUUUAAAGUAUACUUUAACAUUCAUAGAAGCAACUUCUUUUAGCAGCACAACUACGCUUGCCCACGGAGAAUAGGACAACUGCUGUCAUCGAGGAGAAGGAUUGCCAGUGCCAACAUGAAAAUCGCUCCAUGCCCAGUUAUUCGUGCCUUUCCGCGGUCUCCCUCCCCACGUCACUGUGCUCCGUUUUGAGUUUACGGUUUGAAGUGAGAGCUGUUUAGGGUUAGCUAGGUGAUGCUCGAAAUAAAGGAUUCCUGGAAGAUCAGACACAUGCACAGGAAAGAGGAACGUUGUCGGAGCAUUUUGUGUCGGUUUCUCACUGUCGGCGUGACUCCAGAGUGCUUUUUUUUUUUUUUUUUUUUUUUGUAAUAGAUAUGUAAGAUUGAAAAAUUUAUUUUUAGGGGUUUCAAGACAUUUUUACUGUUUAUUCUCAUUAGUUUGGAUGCUUCACACAAAUAUGAGUGUGUUUCAGCUGGAUCUCGACAGGACUCAUCUCCAUCUUCUGUAAAUGAGAUUGUUCUCAGAAACCAUGUCACAGAAAGCUUUAUUUUUAUGAAUGUGUUAACAUAUAUAUAAAGAUACUUCAGUUCAAAUGUUAUUUUUGUACAUAUUGUAGCAAUAUGUCUAAUUCAGAGAACCUUUGUAUCAAAUCGACAUGUACUGUAAAUGUGCAAAGCAUGACAAACUACACUUCAGCAGAAUGAAUGUUCUUUGUUUUACUUUUUCUAUUUUUCUGGCUGCAGAAAAAUAAACAGACACUGAAUGUACUCUAAAGGCUGA